AUGAAAACUUUCAAGUGCUUUUAUGAAAGCUGCUCUCGUAUAUAUUCUACCAAAUUUAACCUUGGAAGACAUAUAAACGUUUUCCAUAAAAAUAAUCGCUUUCCUUGCUCGAUAUGUGGAGAAAGGCUAUCAUCAGCUCAAAACUUAAAAGACCAUAGCUAUUGUCACACAGGUCAAAAGCCUUAUGCCUGCAAGCACUCAGGUUGCACAAAACGAUAUAGGCAAGCAAGCCAACUUUCGGUGCACAAGAAAAAACACCGAAAUAAUAAUACUAGCACAGCCAAUUUUUUUACAGAAUUAAACGUAUUUUUUAUUCAGGCAAAAAUUUUAUUAAAUCUUGAUAAAAUAAUAGUAUUUGACAUCCCUGAUGGUCCUUAUAAGAAGAAUGAUGCAAAACUGCCGCCAAUUCUCUAG